CAUACAUCAUUCGCGAUUACAAUUGCAACGGUAGGAUCAUGAAUUGCCGAUAGAUAUGAAUUACAACGCCAUACCAUUCCAUACCUGCAAUCAGCGGAAGAAUAAAGCAAUGAUCAAAACGGUGGCGCAUCCUGUCUGUAGGAUGGGCAUUAGAACUUCAUGGGUUAUGAUUUGCGUGCUGCUCUCAUGCGUAUUCGGCAAUCCCAACGUCAGUGCGGCCAAUCCUGGCAAUUUUCGGAGCAGCCCGAGACGAGUUCUAGACAACCAGAUCACGUAUACGAAUUACAAUAGAGAAAAAAUAGGAGCUGAAAGGAAGAAUCGCAAAAAGGAAAACAUCAUACUAGCUGAAGAAGACGAGAGCAAGGACAAGGACAAGGACAAGGACAAGGACAAGGACAGAGACGAGGACAAGGACAAGGACAAGAAUAAAGAAACAACCCAAUAUCCCACGAUACAGCCGAGCCAGGUCCAAUUGCCGUCGUUGGAAUUCCCUUCUCAGYCACCCAGUGCUCCUGCAACCAAUAAUUCCCAACCGAUCAUGAAUUCCACUACUACAAUAGAGCCAGUUGAAGUCGAACUCCUUCCCUUUUCUCUUUUGGUCCAUGGGUCGAUAUCAUUGGAAGACGAAUUGGUUAUUCGACGAAACCUUCAGGAUUACCUCUUGAACUCGGCUGAAGAAAUGCAACAGCAACUUGACCUUUUCCGAGAUGCUUUACGGGUCAAUUUGGAACUUAUUCAAACGGUGGAGAGCUAUUUCCAAUCGGAUAGUGUCAAUGGGUACGAUAACGGUGACAACAGCACGGGAGAGAACGACAAUCGCAACCGUUUGUUGCAAAUUAACGGGUCUGCCUCAACCUCUUCUACACUGUUGCAGUAUCAAGCUAGCACUGUAGUAAAAUAUGAAGCGGAUCCCAUCAGUAAUGAGAGAAUACAACUGGCACUACAAGAUAACCAAAUUGAAGCCCUGGAAGAUGUCGACGAGCUCCAAGGGUACUUUCUAAAGCGAUUUACUUUGGGACAACAAACCGAUGUAAAUGCCGAUCUUGCURCAAAUGAARACGAAAGUCAAAGCGCGACUGAUAWUCUUCCUUCGGAACAAAAUCCAGUUGUCUUGAUCGAAGUUCAAGUGGCGGAUUUUCCUGCGAAGUCCUUAGACUUCAAGGAAACAUGGCAGUCGAUUAACUCGAUAAUCCUCCUYGAAUCAUCGUCUAUKRCGAACACCGCAAAUACUGGAGACGACCAAAUUGGUGUAGAAGAAGGAAGUGCGGACAAGAAAGCUAGCAAUCCUUGGGCUGAUGAAAUCAAUAAGCUUGACCAAUCCGUCAGCAAUAAUGGGAUCAGCUCGUCCACCUGGAAAGUUGCGGCAGGCAUAAUAGGCGCCGCCAUGGUCCUCACUGGUUUGGCGAUACUCUUUUGCGUAAGGCGAUUCAAAAGACGACAGAUCUCAUCGAAAGAAAGGAAAUGCUUUUCGGGUGAAGCUGAUGACCAUGCCAUGGAAAUUAUUGGAUCGAACGAGCAUUCCACAAUUAACGACAAGUCAGCUGUUUGUGCCGAAGACCCAAGACGAAGGAACACUGGAAGGUCAAACACCUUUUUCUUCUCUGAGAUCUUGCGCAUUGGAAAACAACAGAAUGGGACCACCAAAUCGGUACAGGACGKAUCAUGCCAUGCAACAAAUACCAAAACGAAGGAUUGCGAAGAACAAAGGAAUGAGAAAACUGAGACUGAUUCAGUCAAUACAAAUACAUUUGCAAGCAAUAAGAAUAGUUUCGACUAUAGCAAUAGGGAGAAUACAACGGAGGAGAACCAAAGUUUAGGAGAAGAGGGAGGCGAUGUCGAUUUGACGGUCCCKGUAGCCCGCAACUCAAACAGGCGACAGGGUAUAGAAGAUGGACAUCCACCAAAAAAAUCGUCGUUCCUGAAGUCGUUCUUUCAAAAGUCAUCAUCCGCAAAUGAAACUAAGGAAACAUUACAAGCUACCUACGAGUCGAAUCCGUAUGCAGGAAAAGUCGAUAUCUCAAACGAAACUUCGAACGAUGAUGACUCUAUGAUGGGUUAUUCGCUGACAAGUCUUCCCGAUGAUCCUAACCACCAAGUGAGGCACCAUGACGAUAACAAUACAAUGGAAGAUCUCGACGAGACUAUGUCACUUGCAUCCUCUGAAUCUGAAACUCCCAAUCCGAUGUUUGCCGGUAUACAUAAAGUAAUGAACAUGCCUACCCGUACAGAUAAUUCUGCGAACCCGAUGCAUGGUACAGUUGAAAUAGGUUUGCAAAUGAAAAGCCGACGGAACAAUCAACACUAUGAUUCAAAGGGUAUUUUAGGAGAUAUCGAGCAUGAAAACGAAGAAUCGUCGUCCAUCAAUGCUACCUUUUUAGAUGACGAUGAUACAAAUGAGGGAGAAUUAUCGUCAGUCAUGUCAGGCUUCUCGUCGGCUGGUAAAACUGACUGCGAUUCAGAAGACAUCGAAAAUGGUAACGGUCUGGUGCUCGCGAAUGACAUAGAACCUGAGAGAACCACUCAUAUCAGAGACGAUGCCAGCGAUGCCCCGUCUGAUGAGCUAAACGAUAACUUUGAGGCAGCUCUACCUGGACGACUUACUGCGAGACMGGUUCGAUUUCCUGAUGCAAAUACGGAUUCCAUUAUUCUCGAUGAUGAUCCAGCUAUCGUUGAGUAUAUCGUGAAGAAUGAAAGGAGUUUGCGAGACGACACGAGAAAAGGGCUAAGGAAUCAGAAACAAUCACASUUURCAAUGGAAGUAUGAGCAAUAUGAAAAGGACGACAAUGGUUGUUACUGUGAAAGGGACUAUGAGUACGAUCUCCAUUCUAGAAUAUCUGUCUUGCACGACCAUUGUUCUAUCGCACGGUAAUUGUCAUGAAUGCUACAAUAUGAUCCUUCCGGGGUCGUGUAGGAAUCUGUUGAAUAUCCAUCGGCACUGCGGGACUUUUUGUUGUUGUUGUUGUUGUUGUUGUUUUUGUUUUUGUUGUUGCCAUCUAAGGCAACUUAAAUACUCCCAAUACUUUAACAUAAUUUGAUGGAUGCACCAGCUGCUAUGCAAAUUUAAUAUUAUASGUACUACCUGUCUCUGGUGCUGCAGAAGGGAGCCUCAAUUUGUGAAAUAUUUUGUUAACUACCUCUUACUCAAUAGUCAACUUAUUGAUGCUAGUCAUCUSGACGAUAGAGGUGCUGAAGAAUCCUAAAUCUAAARCUUCCAAAAUAGGUCUGAUUGGCAGUUGAAAUGUUCAGACCAAUAAUUUCACCAUUCUGCU